UCCAACUCGAUCCCUAUUUGGAAGACUCCAUUUGCUCUCACUGCUCCAGCUCACCAGGCUUCUACUUCUGCCGAGACAGUGGCUGCUUUGCCUAUUUCUGUCCUUCAUGUUGGAGUCGCGUCCAUGCCCAACCCGAAAUACGCCAUCACCAACCCUUACGACGAACCAUAAAUGUCAGCGCUGGGCGGCACAAAGCGUUGAUGAAUCAAAUCGGCAAUUAA